UGAUGACGUCAUCGAUCUGAAAAAAAAGGGGAAAAAAAUGCGGAUCUUCUGCUUCUUCAGUCCGUCACUGUUCCACUGCUGGAAAAACUGAAGUUUGGAUGACUUUAAGGCCUGAUUGCAGCUUUUUUGAGGACGAACAGUCACACGAGAGAGUCCUGAGAUGGAGGACGCGUACAGUGAACUUUACCAGGAGUUUCUUCGCCUCAGGUCGUUGUGCCUCAGACAGGCAGCUCUGCUUCACCAGCUCACAACAGCCCUGCAGAAACAGCAAGGGGUCUCUGUUCCAGAAGUAGAAGUGAGCGAUCUGAUUUCUAUCCCGGUCCAGUGUUCCCACGAGGUCCCUGCGUUUCUGUACGAAAAGCCUCAACCGCUGACGUCUGCGGGACCAGACCCCACGCCGCCGCACGGGGCUGAGCACGCUUUCAGAAAUGUUGGCUGCGCCUCCGGUGUUCUUGCUGAAGGAAUGUCGAAGCUCAGCGUGAACAUGCCAUGCCAGAGGAAGCAGGAUGCGAAGACGGAGAUGUUGAACCCGUUCGUGUUCAAUACGGAGUUCUCGAAACACCACGCAGAUUCUCCCAGCAGGCCAAAGCCUUCAGAACAAAACGGCCCUGGUGAACGCAGAGCUCCGUACAUGAUGCCGAUGAUGGAUGGGGGCCUCCUGAACCUGUCUGGAGGAGCCAUGAUGUCUGACGUGGCGAUGCACUCGCAUGUUUGUGACUUCUGCCAAGCGGUUUUUCCCGGAGACUCAACCACACGAGGAGAGUUUCUGCGUCACCUUCACACGCAUGUCACAUAGACCAAAGACAAACACUACAGUCGAAACGUAUUUCCCCUCUGUCUUUUCCAUUAGCCAUUGUAGAUAUUGCAGUAAAAACCAGCUGACCAGACAUGCCGGAGCUCAGCUGGGGGUUGCUAGGUGAGGGGUGGUGUCCACUGAUUUGUGACAUUACAUUCUGAAAAAAAAAAAACAAAAAAAAAAAACAAUUUGGAAGCUGCAUUCUGUGUUUAGUCAGGUCAUGCUGCAUAAAAUUAGUUACAAAAUGUGGAAUGAAAUAAAAAUAUUUAAUUCUGACAAAUAAGCAAAACCAGAAGAAAUCUGAAAGGGGGCAAAUACUUUUUCAAGUUACUGCAGGUCUUCUCUCACUGACAAUAGACUGAUACUGUGAUGGUGCAUACACACCUCUGGUCACACAACCUCUGGGAAGUGUGUCAUUAGCUAUAGUGUGAAAUGAAUAUGAACUGGUUGUUGAGCAUUA